AUGCUUGUUCUUCAGCUAGUUCUCUCAUUAACAGUGGCUUUUGCCCAAGUGAUAAAACCAACGCUUCCUUCAAAAGACAGCUUUUACGAAGCUCCAUCAAACGUCUCUGACUAUGACGUCGGCGACAUUAUCGACUACAGACAAGCACCAUACAAGCUUCGGUCCUUGUACACCGAGAUGGAUGUCAAAGAAGCAUGGCAGCUUUUGGUGCGUUCUGAAGAUUCCCGUGGUGACCCAAUUGCCAUGGUGACUACCGUUUUGGUGCCUUAUGAUCCAAAUCCAUCAAGAGUCGUUUCAUACCAGUUCGCUCAGGACUCUGCAACUAUGGAUUGUGCCCCAUCCUAUCAUAUUGCAAGAGGAGCUAGUAUGGGAACGCUUGUCCAGCAACUGGAGACCCUUCUUGUUCUGGGGAUUCUCGCCAAAGGAUGGUAUGCUGUGCUUCCAGAUUACGAAGGUCCAGAUGGAGCUUUUACUUCGGGGUACCAGGCAGGUCGAGCUGGACUUGACUCGUUGAAGGCUGCUUUGAAUUCGACAGAAAUUACCGGCAUCUCUUCAGAUGCUAAAACGGCACUUUGGGGCUUUUCUGGUGGUUCUUUUGCAUCAACAUGGAUGGCUUCGCUCCAGCCUGAGUAUGCUCCAGAGCUUUCUGACAAUCUAGUUGGUGCUGCAUUGGGAGGAUGGGUAACCAACUGGACAGAUGUUCUUGCGGCUUCAGAGGGAAGAUGGUUUGCCGGGCUUGUUCCAAACAUUCUCAAUGGCAUGAUUAAGGCUGAUCCAGAUCUCAAAGAAAUCUUUGAUGCUGAGGUGAAGGAGGAAUACCAAAAGCGGUUGUACGGAGGAGCCGACGACUGUAUUUUUACCGCAGGUGUAAAGUACAUCCUCAAGAGUUUCUUCGAAGGAGAGAACCCCUGGUUUAAAAGCGGCUACGACUUUUUCGAUAUUCCAGAGAUCCAGGCCUACGCUGAAAAAAACGUCAUUGGCGUUCAUAAAGAAACCCCUCGUCCAGAAAUCCCCCUUUUUGUUUACCACGGUGUUCCAGAUGAAAUUGUGCCACAUGCUGCUAGCUACAAUGCUUUUAAGCAGUUCUGUGAAUGGGGUAUCAAGAGUCUUGAAUAUGCUGAGUCAACGACUACUGGACAUAUACUUGAAGCAAUUCAGGGCGCUGGUGCCGCUUUGGCAUGGAUCGAAAACAGAUUCAAUGGAGAAGCUCCUGUUGACGGAUGUAACCACACUGUUCGUACAAGCAAUGUGCUUUAUCCAGGUGCCGAUGCCCAGUUCCACCAACUUUUGAGGACCAUUCCCGUUGCACUCACAGGUCAGGAAGUAGGAGAAUCCACUAGGAAUAUCACUGACUCGACGAUGUUCACGAGAAUUGUACAGAAUACCGUUGGUGGAAUUCUUGGACUUGUGGGGCCUAUCCCAUGGAAGAGAGAUUUGACGGGUGUUCCUGAUGAAUUGGCUGAAAUGUGGCAGAGCUGA